AGCCCAAGGAUAAUUACACUGUUGUUGCCUAGAAGCCUGGAGCUAGCGGACACCGCCUCUCAAGGCUGAUCUUUUGAUUCCCAACAAAUGUUGAGCAUAACAUCUCAAAAAAGCAUUAUACACACUUGGAAUCUCUAUCGUUAUGGAUAACUCAUCCGAGUCUUCCUCGGCAGUCCCGCAACAGACUCGACGAACGCGCUUUGUCUGUAUAUCAGAUACGCACAAUUGUACGGUGAAACUACCGAAGGGCGAUGUUCUUAUCCACUGCGGAGACCUUACAAACCAGGGGAGUUUCAGCGAACUCAAGAAACAAGUGACGUGGCUAGAGAAAGCCGACUUCGAAUGCAAAUUGGUCAUCGCCGGGAAUCAUGAUCUAACCUUAGACACCGACUUCUUCGAGCAGUAUGGAGAUUAUUUUCAUAAUAACACGCCCCAGAACCCUGUCGAUUGCCAGAACCUUCUGAUACACUCUAAGCCUCUCGUCUAUCUCCGGCAUUCCAGUCAAGUGAUCAAACUCACAUCCCCAUCCGGUCCAAGAACCACCUUCAACGUAUUUGGUUCGCCUUACAUUCCUUCGUGUGGAAGAUGGGCAUUUCAGUACCCUCGCUCGGAUUCCACAACCGCUGAAGGUAUAUGGAAAGAUAUCCCCCUCAAUACCGACAUUCUUAUCACACACGGGCCUGCGCGAACCCACAGAGACGAGUCACGUCAUAGAGAAUCAGUUGGAUGCGAAAGCUUGCGACAAGCGAUGUGGCGAGUACGUCCUCGCCUGGCACUCUGCGGGCACGUCCACGAGGCGCGUGGGGUAGAGCGUGUGCGUUGGGACCUAUCAAAUAAGUUCGUGCGGUACAAGGAGUUGGCGACGACAUUCCAGUGGGAGGAUCCCGGCGCAGGGAAUAAUAAAAACUGUCUAGUCAAUCUUGCAGCUAAGGGUGGAAUGCCCUUAGACAACGAUGGUAGCAAGGUGCCGUCAUCCUCGUUACCGUUUCCGACCAUAUCAUCAACCCCGGCAAGUCCUGUGGCUGAGGGAUCCGCGAUGAUGACUCAAGUAAAAACACAGGGCAUUAUAGAGACAAUGUCAGAAGGGGCGAGUCCGGGGCUCGGUACCCGAGGCCUUGGUGGGAGUCCGAUAUCUGCGCGGAGUGACGGGCCCGGCCUGAUCAGCCGACUCGGGCGCAGAGAGACGUGCGUCGUGAACUGCGCCAUCCAGGCAUCCAGCUAUCCGCACUCAGGGCCUCGGAGGUUACACAAGCCUAUCAUUGUUGACAUCGACCUCCCUGUCUGGGAGAAUAAUUCCUAAGGUUUUGGCCACGCCGAACUUUCCGGCUGCUUAUGUACGCGUAUAUUGGGGAUGCGAUUUAAGGGAUCCUCAAAAGAUUCUCCUGGAGGCGCAAGCCUUAGUGCGUUAGAUACGAACAACGUGUUUUUGACGUAGCAACCCUUAUUUACUUCCACAUUUGUCACCGCUUGUGAACAAAUAAUGGGUUUGCCUUCUUUUUGCCGCUUCCAGUAAGUAUUUGGAAUGACUUUAACACAUCUUGCGCGCGGAAGCGCCAGGCAAAUGUGAG